AUGGCUGACCGAUUUCCCUCGCUGGAGGACUUCGACUCUGGUGCUCAGACCGACGUCAAGGACACAGAUAACGCGGCAUCCACGAGCAACUUUCUAGAACGUGAGAAGGCAGUUCUUGGCGAUGACGCGCAUCAAUUUGCGACUGUCGAGGAUGCCGGUUUCGACGAGGGUGACGACGACCUGCUAGGAGGGGGCGAAGGCGUCGCCUCGCCCGGUAACAAUGCUGCGUUCGAGAGCCAGUUCCCGGAUAUCACCAGCACUAAUGAGGGGGUUGCGCCUGGCGGUACCAUCACCGGCCCCUCGGUCAGCUACAACUCCGGCUACCAACCGUACACCGAAGAGGAGGAAGAGCCCCAGGUCAUCAAGGAUUGGCGUGAGAAGCGGGACGCCCAGAUCGCGAAGCGCGCCGAGCAGUUCGCCCAACAGCGUGAGGAGACAGUCAAGGAAGCUCAACAGAACAUCGACGACUUUUAUGAGAACUACAACAACAAAAAGGAGAAGACCGUUGCCCAGACCCGGAAGGAGGCCGAACAGUUCCUGGCCAGUCGCGAAGACACCACCUCUGGCGGUACAAGCUGGGAACGCAUUUCUAAACUGGUAGAUGUUAGUGGCAAGGGUACCAAGGGCGGCUCGGCAGGUUCGGGCAAGGAGCGUUUCCGUGAGCUACUGGUGAGCCUACGGAAGGAUGAGAAGGCGCCUGGCGCCGUGGGAUAUUAG